GGAUGGCAUGGGGAGGGGAGGGGAGGGGGCGGCCCCAGCGCCGCCAUUUUUCAUUUUUUUUUCCUGCGCUCAUCCCCCUUCCACUUCCACCCGCCCUCUUUUUUCACAACGUCAUCUCUGACGUCUUCCCCUUCCUCAAGUCGAACCUUUUCGCAGCACCAGCACCGGCACCACCAGCGCAGCGCAGCAACGCGCAGUGACGAACCCCCAAUCCCACCACCACCACCAGACCAAGGAUACCGCUGCCCGGUAGCCCGCAAGCGCAUUUCCUUUUUGAGCGCCCGCAGGCAGGCUUGCUUGCGUGCUUGCUUCAAUUCACUGCGGCAGAGCGCGCGACGCAGCGCAGUGCAGCGCACGCAGACAGCCUUUUCACCCUGCCUUGGCUUUGGGCGGCGCCAGCGCCUGUUGGACGCCAGUUUCUGGGGCGCACGCUCCCGCGGCGCCUGCACUCUCCCCUUCUCCCCCCGGGGCCGAGCCACUCCCGCCUGCCCAGGCGUCAAUCUUCGCCCGACUCGAGCGCCGCCUUUUCAGCAGCCUCGCCUGUGACCUCAUCGCUCUCCUCCCUUUCCCUCCUGCUCUUGUCCUUUUGUUUUCCUUUGCCUUUCUAUUACCCCACCUUGUGCAGUCUGCCUGCCCUACGCCCGCCGCGGCCGACUACAUCAUAGGUAGACAAAUCGUCGUCAUGGGGACUUCUCCCAAGAACGCCUCCGCACGAGGCCAGUCGAAGUCCCCCAAACAACCCAACAACACUCCCCCAGGCACAGAUUCCGCAGCGGACUCGAAAGCCGACACCACACGCAAGCCAGACGGCUCGUCCAAUGCCGAAGCGGCCAAGCCCCUCGCCCCCCCCCCUCGUCCAGGUCAACAACAGCAGCAGCAAUCGAACGAUACCCCGGACUAUUUCUCGACGCAGGUCGGAGGGUCGCUCAGUCUGGAGCCCAAUCCUUUCGAGCAGUCCUUUGGGGGUGGAGGGCCAGAGACGCCAGGAGGAACCAAGCUACCUUCGGUCGCCCACCUGACAUCGCCAUCCUCGCUCCUUCCCGGCAGCAACGCGACGCCCUUCAACUGGGGCGGAGGCUCUCUGCGCACGGGUCCGUUGAGCCCGGCCAUGCUGUCGGGACCAGCCAACGACUACUUCAGCGAUACGCACCAUCUACGCGGCGGCUUCCCAACACCCAACGAGUCCUCGUUGCGAUCGGGUCUUACACCGGGCGGCAGUGGGUCCAUGUUCCCUGCCCCCAGCCCAAAUUCUCAAGCUCUCUUUGCUCAACUGGCAAGUGGCGGCGCAACACCAAGCACGCUCGACUUUCACCGCACUGCCCUCAGCGCGGCCGCCAAGCGUGAGCAAAGCAACGGCUCGCAGCAGCAGCAGCAGCAGCAACAACAACAACAACAACAACAACAGCAACAGCAACAGCAACAGCAACAGCCCGCAAAGACGUCACAACCUCAAGAGAUGCCCAACGGUACGACCCCGAUUAAGACGGAGGCCAAGGCUCCCGGGCCCUUUGAUCCACACGACAAUGAUGCUGCCAACGGCCUCUUCAUGCUCGCACAGGGCGCGCAAGGUCGCAGUGGCGCUGCGAACACCAACCAGUUCACAGCGACGUCAGCCCCUGGUCACGCUCACACCACAGCGGCGCCAGCGCCUCAGGUGCAGGAAGGAAAUGCCGCCUCGGUCCGCGGUGCCAGCGAGGGCAGCAUGAUGUCGGAAGAACCCGAGCCGGCGAAGCCUAGCGCACGGGGCAAGGGCAAGAAGAACAACCCAACAACAACAAAUGGCCGAAGGAAAGCGGACGAGCCCCCCGCCAAGGCGCCGCCGAACAAGAAAGCCAAGGGUAACGCCGGGGCGUACAAUGACAGCAUUGAGCCAUCGGACGAUGACGAAGAUGACGAAGACAAGUUCAAGACUGAUGAAAAUGGCACCAAGACCAAGAUGACGGACGAAGAAAAGCGAAAGAACUUCCUGGAGAGAAAUCGUGUUGCCGCACUCAAGUGUCGCCAACGGAAGAAGCAAUGGUUGGCGAAUCUUCAAACCAAGGUCGAAAUGUUCAGCUCUGAAAAUGACGCCCUCACAACACAAAUCACGCAGCUGCGAGAAGAAGUCGUCAACCUCAAAACUCUCCUCCUUGCCCAUAAAGACUGCCCCGUCACCCAACAGCAGGGUCUGCAUGGUGCCUUCAUGUCACAGGUGGUCGAGCCAUUCAACGCGCAGAUGAACCCGUAUGGCAUGGCUGGCCCGAUGCCUAACCAGCAGCAGGUGAUGGCUGGCCAGGGGGUCGACCGCCGAUUCUCUUAGAAUGAGAACACAGAGGCAGGAUAAGAAGGCACAGCUCAGGACGACUUCACUGACGUGGACACGGCGCUUGGGGUCGACUCUUUUCCUUCAGUUGUCGGUCCCGCGGCAUAUAUCUUGCCUGUGACUGCCAUGCGCGGUUCCGGGUUGUUCGCCGUUGUGCCUUGGUCGUGCCAACUAUGUGCUGGACGCGACGGCGACCGGAGAGAUGUGCCGAGAUGGUUUAUUCGACAAGCUUGACCAUGUACCAAAAUUAAUGGAUGAAAGUGGGGGGCACGGCGACAUGCCGGCAGCAGUCGCUCCGUGCAGCGGCAGCGGAUGAUCUUGUUCUGCUCAUAUCUCCUCGAAGCAUGCGGAUGGGCCCUUCGCCUUACAGGGCCCUUGUCUUCUCCCACAUAUUGUACGUACACAUUUUUUUUGCAAGGAAAUCAGUAGGGUCAUCAAAAGGUAUUGGCCGGGAAAGAUGACUCUGCGUUGUUUGUGGCGUUAUGGAGGAACAGGCACUGUGCGGAGGACCAGUCGGGUGUUGCUGGGUAUGGACUGCUUGAAGGUAGCUAUAGGUAACGGAUGCUACCAAUUGAAGCGUUUUGUUGUCGAGAGAGCAGACCGAGCGUGCUAGAUGUCAGAGCCAGCAAGCCUCACUUCGAAUGGGAGCAGGGAAUGCAUGCCCAAGACAGUAAGCGGCACAGCCCAGUCUGAACGCGCUUCCCAUCUGCUAGUCUGCUCUCUUUCUCACUCCUCAUCCAUUUUCGUUGACAGGCUUCGGCUGCCCUAUAAGCAGAAGGCCUUUGCAGUCAAGCCGGGGACAAAUCAGUUAGCGGCCAGCCAUUCCUCGCGCUCGCUUUUCGGUGGCAAGACCGGGUGCACGGCCAAGAUAGCAACCCGUAAUUUUGCCAUCGGAGGGAGAGGAGCUUGAAGUUACUUGGUGAUGCUUGCGUAUUUACUUUUGUACAACGCGCGGCUCUGGCUCACGCGUUGCCAGUCAAUAAGCUGGAUAGUCUAUACAUAGAGACCAAUAUACACUCUUUAG